CAUUUUAGUCUAUUUUCCCAACACAAAGAUCAGAUCAUCACCGUUAACGGGUGGAAGGACUUUAGAUGAGCGUUUCCGAUGAUAAUAGCGGUGGCGGAGACUCCGAGAUCCAAACACGUGCCGGAUCAGGAGUCAGCACCGACUGGUCCGACCUGACUCACGAGUGCUUGAUCAACAUACUCUCGCGACUCACCUUAGAGCACAGAUGGCGAGGACCUAUGCUGGUCUGCAAGUCCUGGCUCAGCGCCUGCAAGGACCCUUCACUCCACUGCACGUUCGAUCUCGAGUCUCAGUUCGACUCGUCAUGUGAGUCAUCUCGCUGGUGGACGCCGGAAUUCGAGAGGAAGAUCGAUUCCAUGCUUCUUUGCGUUGUCGGUUGGAGCGAUGGCAAUCUCACUGAGAUUCGCGUUAGACACUGCUCAGAUCGCUCCCUCAAUUUUGUAGCAGAAAGGUGCCCAAACCUUCAGGUUCUGUCGCUCAAGAGCAGCCAAAAUGCUACUGAUGCGUCAAUGGUUCAGAUUUCCAUCAAUUGCACAAAACUUAGGGAGCUUGACAUCAGUUAUUGCUAUGAAAUAUCUCAUGAAUUUCUGAUGAUGAUAGGCAGAAAUUGCCCCAAUCUUAAGGUUCUAAAGCGAAACCUCAUGAAUUGGUUAGAUCCUUCCCAACAUGUUGGAAUUGUCCCUAACGAGUACCUAAAUGCAUGUCCUCAAGAUGGGGAUUCAGAGGCAACUGCAAUUGCUCAUUUUAUGCCUCAUUUGGAGCAUCUUGAACUGCGAUUCUCCAAGUUAUCAGCGAAAGGGCUUGCAUCAAUUUGUGAAGGGUGUUUUAAUCUUGAGUACUUGGAUCUCUCUGGGUGUGCAAAUCUGACAAGUCGGGAUAUCGUGAAUAAGACAUCUGGUUUGAAAUAUUUGAAGGAGAUUAAAAAGCCAAAUUUCUAUAUACCCAGGUCAGUCUUCCACACUGAAAGGUAUGGCCAUUGGAGACUUUAUGAUGAGCGAUUCCAGACGGACGUUUUCCGUAUCUGAUCAGGUGAUUGUAAUUUUAUCAAGUUAUUGUUAUGUUACUACGUAUCUUUUCAUGUGUCUUUAUGGUCUAUUCCGCAGCUAAUCACUGCUUAUAUUUGCCACAUCUGAUAGCAUGUCUAAUGCUGCUGGACUUUGGGUCUUCGCUUCUUUCAUGUUUGCUGAGUUGGUUCAUUUGUGUUUAUAAUUUGCAUUCUUGUAACUUAUUUCCUA